ACCACACAAACAACCACAUCCACAGCAACCAAAAAUGGCGACCGACACCCCGAUCCUCGGCGAGCUCACGACGACAUGGACACCGCCCUCGCAGUGCGCUGUGGCGGUCGCGCAGUGCUCGACAUGCGCCCUCGCCUGGCAAGCCCAGGAGUGCCCUGGAGGCACGAGCGUGCAGGACGACGCGGGCUGCUGGCCGCCGCGGACGCGCAACGUCGCGACUCCCGUGCCGCUCAUGGACUGGGGCGUGUACUCGCCCGGCAUCGCGUGCCCGGCAGGCUACACGACGGCGUGCACACACGACGGGUCCAAGCAGAGGGGGGACUUUUCGUUCCACUGGAGGCCGCAGAGCAGCGAGACGGCCGUCGGGUGCUGCCCAGUGGGCUUUAAGUGCGCGGUCAUGCCUGACUACAACAACGCCCAGACGUGCACGCGCGUGGCGACGACGGGCUCUGUCCUGACCGCGCUGUGCGAGGCGGGCGCCAUGGCCGUCAUGGCCGAGCAGACGGUGCCGUUUGUCGUCACCGACAGCCAGGGCGCGACCACCGCCGUCCGGGCAUUGGAUGUCAAGGCGCCCCUCUUCCAGCUCGUCUUCCAGGCAUCCGACCUGCCCGGCUUCGUGUCAUCGAGCAGCAAGGCCACCACCAGUACCACCUUGUCGCCCGGCUCGUCGUCCUCGAUACCCACACAGACCGGAUCGACCACGUUAUCACCCACAGGCAGCUCGCCGGAUGCAUCGGGUGCUGCUCCGGCACUGUCAAACGGCCAGGUCGCGGGCAUCGCGGUGGGGGCCACGCUCGGCGCGGUUGGGCUGGUUGGCGGAUUGAUCAUGGCCCUAUGCUACAAGCGAUGGAAGAGGCGGCAGGAGAGCAAGUACGAGAUGCUGCAGCGGCAGUACCAGCACAUGCCGCCGCCGCCGUCUAGUGGCACCAUGUCAUACCCAGACAGCGCGGCGCUGAGCUAUUACGGGGGUUACGUUGCUCACGACCACACCAAGGCUUGGGCAGGGGGCCAGCCAUAUCAUGUGAGCACCGAGCUGCCGUCUCAUGUGAGCACCGAGCUACCGUCGUCGACGCCGCCGUUGGAGCUGGACUCGUCGCGGCGGUAACAUGUAAAAGUGGUAAUUUCUUCUUUUUGUCAAUUCUUGAAAGCGUUCCUGUAGCCGAACAAUGCCAUCAUUGCUCAUGGGGCGCCCUGCCCUCGAGACUGUCCGUCCCACUG